AUGGGCACGUACGAGAUAGGUUUAAAUGGCCAAGAAUGCACUGCUCACAAAAAUGGUGCUCGUUUUCUUUACAUUGUUUUGGCUCUUUUAACACAUUUCGACAAAUAGGGCAAUGCAGAUCUUCUGGUACUGUCGAGUUAAAACGCUCGUCGAAAUAUCCUUCGAAAUUCAUCUGUUUUUAACUCAUUCCAACGAGCAAAAGAUCAAGAAGUUAUAUAAAUAUUUACAAAUACAAAUACUUUCGACUUCGAAAUAAAAUCAAUAUGUCGCGCACUUCCGCCCAUCCACUUCCGCCUACAUUAUUUUUUCAAAAGUUUAUGGCGUUUUAGCCAAUAAGAAUGAGGUAAAUAAUUCUGAAUGCAGCCAAUCAGGCUUUACGGUUUUUAUGGCUGGAAAAUACUGCAUGAUUCAGAAAUAUUAACAAGAUUCUCUUAAUUAUGUUUAUUUGCCGCCCAAUACAGAACUACUACAUAUAUUGACAUUAUUUCUUAACUCUGAUAACUGCAGGUUAAACAUCGUCUGCUGCACGAUAGCCAACCUGCAUUUAUAGCAACACUAAUUAGCCAUUUUCACGUGGGCCAAUAUCCACCUUUUUAAGGUCAGUGUUUCCCUAGGCCUUUCCUAGGUCAGAGAAAUUAUCAUGAGAAGACAGUACCCCAAAAAGAGCCGGAAUGUAGAUAAUCUAUAAAACACCGUGAAUAAUUGUAAUUGUAAAUUUACCAUCAUAUAGAAUUAUACCCAACUACGGUUAGAGAAAGUCGCAUUUCGCGUUGCGCACGCUCUCUGACUUGGCAGAGACGGACUGUCACCCAAAAUGGCGGACAAACCCAGCGGGAGAAAUGCUAAUUAGCAUCAUUAAAUAUAUUCGCUUGUGGAUUCCCCACAAUGAGGAAUAAUCAACACCUCUCAGUUAAAACAUUUGAUAUAAAUUGCUUUCAAAAGCAAUCCAAAAUCAUUCAUGCUUAUCAGGGAUAACACACGAUGUACCUUGAAGCGAAUUGAAGGCAAUUAAACAGCGUUUUUCACGAGAAUAAGCCGGGUUUCGCUAAGCCUAUUGUUGGUGGACACGAUUUGCCCAGAGGAGUAUUUUUGGUGGAGAAAUUGGGUAAAACUAGUCAAGGUAUGGUUUUAAUGAGAUACACAGUUUGAGUUUUAUAUUUUUUGGCUUUGUUCUGGCAGAUAUGGUUGUUUCGCCAUAUGUUUCAAUCUAUUUAUGUAUAUAUUGCUCAGAUAUAGGUGUUUGUAUUAUAGCGUUGUCUGUGAGCUUAAAUACAGUUUAAAGUUAUUUUCUGUUGCAUACGGUAUUGUUAAAGAGAUUGAAUUAUAGUCUUAUAAUUUGCCACGUUCACCGAACACUGCAUGAUAGAAUAUUGCGAGAUGCGCUGAACACAGCCUGGAAUAGCUUGCAUACAAUAAAUAAACACUAGCUGUAGGGUUAUAGUCAGGUUAUGGGUUAUACCAAUACCUAGUUUUAGGUUUACCGGUAUCAAAAAUAAAUUACGUGUAGUUGGGAAUGUGUGGCCGGGUUGUACAUACAUCAAUACUCCUCACGACAUGCUGGCACAAUGAAAUGUAUUACUGACAAAGCAAUAUGGGAUUUAAAUGGCAUAAAAGAGAUAACAUAAAUAUUUAUUAGUGUUGUUGAUAAAUUAAUAUACUAAAGUCUUUCUUGGUUGAGCAGAUUCUAUAUUCGAGUUUACACUCAGUUCAUUACUUGUCUAUAAGCCGGGAGACCCCUCGCUGGGUAAGAAUGAAACGCAAUUGAAAUAAACGAAUAUUCCAGCACGGAUCAAUCUUAAACUAUGGAGGUGCUGAAACUACCUGUAGAAGAUUAGCUUCGGUGUUUCACAGUUAAAACUUGCCUUGUAUAAGUUCUUUGUGUUCCAUGUGGGCUGUUAUGCUUCCAGAAUGUUAAAUGCCAUAGUCAUUGCUUUCAAAGCUGUGUAUUUGGGUUAGAAUACAAACUUUUAUUUGAGAUUUGUCGAGUCGGUGAGUGCUUUGCCACUUUCUGAAGGGAGCAUGCCGCUUUCUGCUCGAGUCCCGAUGUGUCUUACAAAUAUUUGAAAAUAACUGCAUGAUUUGAAUAAAUAUAGAAAUAUGUCACGACACUUUUUGUUAUGUAUUCCCAAAGGAGUAAGAGGUUGUACAGUAGGAUUAAAGAAUACGAGAGAGUCGCUUUUAAUGAAAUAAAGCUCGGCUGAAAUGGCAAGGACGAGAUAGUUGGCAGUCACGCUAUCUUGGUUCGCUGUUCUUAAAUCUUAAUGCUUUCCCAACACUAUCAUAUAUUUUAUUUAAAUUGAAACAUAGUUGGAACAUACAUCAAACCAUUAUUUUGUUAAUCAAGAACUUGAAAUGUCCCCUGUAACAAUACGUGACUGGCAACUCUUAUCAACAAAUCUCGUCAGUUGACCGGAGCCUUAAUUAAUCUGAGCUACCUGAAAAAAUUAUUUUCUUGGUACUUCAGACACAAACCACGGUUGUUUAAAAAGCUUUGUGUUGCGAGGGGCAAAACAAUAGUCAAUAUACUAAACUGUUUCUACAAUACAAAUUAAGACAUGAUAGGUAAUUAACGACUGAUUUUAUUAUAACAACAACUUCCUAAUGUAAAAUUCUAUUUAUUAGCAACCCAGGAAAUUAUAUAAAGUAUAUACAACCAAUAUUGGAGUACAUUUAACUCUUGUUCUAAAUUGGCAGUUUCAAAGAAUGAGUAAUUGCAAGUAAAUAAAUGAUAUUGAGUGGGACAACACAGAUGAUCAUCAUGAGUGACUAAAUUGUCAGUUCACUAUGGUGACGUUUAUACUGUAUACCGGAUAGCUUCAAGGAGCACCUAUCCGAUACGGAAUGUACAACUUUCAACAGCCUAUAUAUGCAUAAUGACUUGUGUUUAGCGUACAUGUAAUGGGAAUAUUUAGCAUGCAUUUGCUCGCUGUCGUAGCUAAGUGUGAAUACGUUGACUAGUUGACCAGCAUGUAUGGUACAUACAGGGGCGAAACUAGCCCCUUUUAAUUCGGGGGGGGGGUGUCCAGAAUUGCCCUGCCAAAACCGAUGAUGCCCUGCAGCAAAUUUUUGUAUUUCUGGACAUAAACCAGUUAAAUUUACGGUCAAAAAUUUUUCCCGUACAAAUCGCUGUUAAAACAUGGGUGAACCCCUUAUUUUUGGACCAAUAUCUGUAAAAUUUAGGAGUCUAUAAACUGCAUUCAAUUCCGCCCCUGAAAGCCCUGUAAGUUACUUAAUAACUUUUACAUUCAAUCUUCGAUUGCCCUGCCAAUCCAGAUGAUUCGCCCUGCCAAUCCAGAUGAUUCGUAUUUUUUUUUGGGGGGGGGGUGUUCACCACCGGGGGUGUUCACCCCCGGGGGGUUUCCCCUGGGUACAUAUAACUGGAUUCAGCAAGUGUGACCACAGGGGUUGUCAACUCUAAAACGAAAGACAGUUUAAUAUUAAAGUGAUGGAUAAAUAUCAAGAAUUCAGGGCAUUUCACUCGACAGAACUAAAGUAGUUUUCUAAAACCCCUUCAAUUUUGAACGCAAGAGUGGCUAAAUUGUUGACCUUGCCUGUCAGGUGAAAUAUUUCGCAUUAUAUGGUGGUUCCAUAGUUCCCAGAAGUGGUCGGUGGGAAUACAUUUAAACCUGGCCAGCAACUACAGCGCAAUUCCACGACUAAAAGUCACGACCAGACUAUUAUCUCUAGCCGAGAACUGACGAAACUUCGUGAAAAUUUCGUUUCAGCGCGUGGAGGAAGUUUUUCUAGACUGAUUCACUUCAAACUGUUAUGGAAACCAAACUCAUUAAUUACAAACAAAGAAAUAAAGAAAUAUUUUUGUUUUAUUGCCGGCAACCUACACAUGGGAUUCUGCUGAGUUGCUAGGAGUAUGAAAGAUGUUUUGUUCUCAUGAAGCACGCCAAAAUAUGCAUAUAUCAUCGCGCUUAUGAGACACCACCAAAAUACGCGGAUUCUCAUACGCACUACACUAAAACAAGCAUAUAUGCCCGUGCUUAUGGGACACCAAAAUACGGGAUUCUCAUCAAAUAAGACACCAAAAUACGAGAUUCUCAUAAGCACGCUAAAACAAGCAUAUAUGAUCGUGCUUAUGAGACACCAUGCAAAAUACUCUCAUAAGCACGCUAAAACAUGCAUAUAUGAUCGUGCUUAUGAGACACCAAAAUACGAGGUUCUCAUAAGCACCGCUAAAACAUGCAUAUAUGAUAAAUCAAUACAUAGUCAUACGUAGUCAUAUAUAAAACUUUAAUUUUUUCAAACUUUUUAUUCUAAGUUUAAAGAAUCAAUUUUUUUUCAAUGCAACUCAAACAAAAUGUGAGAAGCCAUUUAUAAAACAAUUAAUUGAACUAAAAGAUAAUAUUAUCUUUCACGUCUUUUUCCAUUACACAGCUGGAAAAACCUACUUUUUAUCUGCAUGUACGGCCUAAUGAUGCAAGACUAAGGCGUCGACAGAAAGCUAAUGGAUUGUAGAUUCUAAAAAUAUAAUUUUCAAACCAGCCCAAAUUCGAGUUUCUGCUACAGAAGCCUUCAAAUUCAAUAGAAUAUAAGGUUCGAAACACCUAGCAUAAUAUUAACUUUCACGUCUUUUUCGAUUAGGAAGCGGUCAUUAUUUAUGGUGGGGGGUGGCACCGAAGAGAAAUGUUUUUAGUGCUAAAAAUUUUGCUGACCCAACCAUUAAAAAGUAAACUAUUUGAUUACCCAACCUCAAAUAUCAAUUAAAAAAGAAAUACCCACCCCUGGUCAAAAACAUUACAAAAAGAUACCAUUCAGUUGUCACACAAGUCCCUUUCCACUUCUGUGACAUAGUUUGAUAACGGAUUGUGAAAUUUUCCGCAGUCUAAAAUGUCACGUUGUCUGCACAUGUACUUUCUUUGGAAGUUUUGGAGACACCAUUUGUCUCCGAAUAAAUCUGGUUGAUUCACAUAUUGUAUUGACAUAUGACUGUUGACAUUGCUUUUUAGUCUCCAAUAUUUCAGUGAGUUAUGCUUUGGAUAUGACAAUAAAUUUUUAUUACCCAACCCUUGAGUUGUUUUGUUUUUCAUUUACCCAACCUUUUACUCACUCAAAAUUUUGUUUACCCAACCAUUUUCUCUUCGGUGCCACCCCCCACCGUAAAUAAUGACCGCUCCCUUACACAUGCAGCUGGUAAAACUUGCUUUUUAUGUCCACAGUCGUCUAGUGAUGCGCGAAUAAAGCAUCGACAGAAAGUCUAUGGAACGUAGAUUCCAAAAAUUGAAUUUUCAGACCGUGACAAAUUAAAGUUUCUGCUACAGGGGCCUUGAAAUUCAAUAGAACAUAAGGUUCGAAAUAGCAUAAUAUUAACUUGCACGUCUUUUUCGAUUAUGCACCUGGAAAAACCUGCUUUUUAUCUGCACGUACGGCCUAGUGAUGGAAGAGUAAGGCAUCCACAGAAAGCUAAUGGAUUGUAGAUUCUAAAAAUAUAAUUUUCAAACCAGCCCAAAUUCGAGUUUAUGCUACAGAAGCCUUCAAAUUCAAUAGAAUAUAAGGUUCGAAACACUAGCAUAAUAUUAACUUUCACCUCUUUUUCGAUUACACAUGCAGCUGGUAAAACUUGCUUUUUAUGUCCACAGUCGUCUAGUGAUGCACGAGUAAGGUAUCAACGGAAAGCAUCUGGAACGUAGAUUUUAAAAAUAAAAUAUUUAGACCGUCACAAAUUCAAGUUUCUCCUACACGGGCCUAGAAAUUCAAUAGAACAUAAGGUUCGAAACAGCAUAAUAUUAACUUGCACGUCUUUUUCGAUUAUGCACCUGGAAAAACCUGCAUUUUAUCUGCACGUACGGCUUGGUGAUGCAAGACUAUGGCAUCAACAGAAAGCCAAUGGAUAUUAGAGUCUAGAAAUAUAAUUUUCAAACCAGCCCAAAUUCGAGUUUAUGCUACAGAAGCCUUCAAAUUCAAUAGAAUAUAAGGUUCGAAACACCUAGCAUAUAAUAUUAACUUUCACGUCUUUUUCGAUUACACAUGCAGCUGGUAAAACUUGCUUUUUAUGUCCACAGUCGUCUAGUGAUGCACGAAUAAGGCAUUGACAGAAAGUCUAUGGACCGUAGAUUCCAAAAAUUGAAUUUCAGACCGUGACAAAUUCAAGUUUCUGCUACAGGGACCUUGAAAUUCAAUAGAACACAAGGUUCGAAACAGCAUAAUAUUAACUUGCACGUCUUUUUCGAUUAUGCACCUGGAAAAACCUGCUGAUAAGACACGAAAAUACGGGAUUCUCAUAAGCACGCUAAAACAAGCAUAAUUAUAUGAACAUGCUUAUGAGACACCAAAAUACGGGAUUCUCGUAGUAUAAUUUAACAUAUAUUUAAUAAUGAAGAUUACCGUUUGGAAACUCUGCCAGAGGCAAAGUUUUUGUUCGAUACUUUUGUUCUACGGUAUAGUUCAACGGUGCUGUUAUCUAUGUUAAGUCGUCUUUACAAAAAAUUUCGCUGCCGAAAUAUUUUGCUCAUUUUUUAAAUUGUGAGUGUCAAGUAGAACUGACUUAAGUAUAAAUCAAGCGUAAUCCCCUACUUUAUGAGUUUAGUGUGAGAAAUCAUUAUUCUCCAAUUCAUCAAUUGCGAUUGCUAAUAUAGGUAAUUAAGUAAAAACUUUGUAUAUUUUUUCCAGAUGAAGGACGAAGUAUUACUGGCAGCCAUCUUGCUGGCUGCAGCUGUGUUGUUGCUCAUCCUGACAAUCAUUAUGCUCUGCAUCGUAUUCAAGUUCGUCAAAACCAAAUCCAGCGUUGAAAAGAAAUCGUCAGAGAUCCCUAAGACCUCCCACAACUAUGAUAACUCCGCCUUUCAACGCACCAGCGACAUAGGUGCACAUGGAAACGAACAGACCAAUAAUAGGCAAGUCAGUUACUAUGGCAAUGACAGUGACCAACACAAAUCAGAAUGGCCCACAUCGUAUAACAUGUAUGCAGUGUCGAGGAGCUAUGCAUUUCCCAAGGCUGGCGAUCAGUCAGAGCAGAGUUCUGAGCUGGGAUCCAGAGCACAUCCAUCCAAUCCCCCAUCUACCAUUGCAAGCCGUUCUAGUACUAUCGACACUCGCGAG